GGCGCUGCUGCCGUGUCGCUUUGUGAAACACAACACGGAAGGACGAUUGUUGUUGAGUGAGACGAAAGUGUUUACGAGUUCAGAAAGAAGCCCAUCGCCAAGAGGCAGACAAGAAAAAGACAAAUCUGCUAUUUACUGUAACGUUUAAAUGGAAGUGAAAGAAGAGCCAUGUGAGGCCGACAUGAGUAUCAUGGAGGAGAGGACCAUACAUGUUAAGGAGGAGGACUGUGAGUGGGAGAGUGUCCACACCAAACAGCAGAGUCUGGACAUCAAGGAAGAGGACUGUGAAUUGGGGUCAGUGAGUGUUAAAGAGGAGGAUGAAGAUGAGGUUGUCAGCACUGAGGUGGCCAGCUACAUGAGUAUGGAGAGUGUCAAGGAAGAUGACCUUCAUUAUGAACAUCAAGAUGAAGCAGUGACCGGGUUAGUCUCUUCUCAUAGCAGACACUGUUCCUCUCUGGAGUCUUCUAUCAGUGUAAAAUAUGAAUCAUUACAGUCUGACACAAAGAUGACUUUAGAAAAUUCAUCUCCUAAAAUUCAGGACGGUCAGACACCACCUAAGAUGUCAUCUAAAACAAGAAUCAAACUCCAAUGCUGUUCUGAAUGUGGCAAACAAUUUUCUGACAUGAGUAAUCUUCAGAGUCACAAAAGAAUACACGCAGGAGAGAAACAGUUUGGCUGUAGUAAAUGUGGCAAACACUUUUCAAAAAGAAGUCACCUCCAGAGUCACCAAAGACUUCACACAGGAGAAAAGCCGUAUUCCUGCCCUGAAUGUGGCAAAAAGUUUUCACGCAGAAACCAUCUUCAGCGCCACAAAAGAAUUCACUCGGGAGAGAAACCGUAUUGCUGCUCUGAAUGCGGCAAACAGUUUUCACAAAGAUGCCAUCUUCAGACCCACCAAAGAAUUCACACAGGAGAGAAGCCGUAUUGCUGUUCUGAAUGUGGUAAACAUUUCUUGCACAAUAACAGUCUGCUGGUGCACAUUAAAACUCACUCAGGAGAGAAGCCGUAUCGCUGCUCUGAAUGUGGCAAACAGUUUUCACAGAAAAACAACCUUUCGGAUCACAAAAGAAUUCACACAGGGCAGAAGCAGUUUGGCUGUAAUAAAUGUGGCAAACACUUUUCAAAAAGACAUACGCUUCAGAUCCACGAAAGAACUCACACAGGGGAGAAGCCGUAUUGCUGCCCUGAAUGUGGAAAGCAGUUCUCUCAGAGUAGUACUCUCCAGAUACAUAUUACAACUCACACAGGAGAGAAGCCAUAUUGCUGUUUGGAGUGUGGCAAACAAUUUUCACAAAGAUGCCAUCUUCAGAACCACCAGAGAAUUCACACGGGGGAGAAGCCGUAUUGCUGUUCUGAAUGUGGCAAACAGUUUUCACGUAGAGACAAUCUGGAGUGCCACAAAAGAAUUCACACACGAGAGAAGUGUUUGGAUUAGACAAACACGCCAAAGUCGCAUUCAUUAAUGGAAAAUUGAAAUCAACCUGGUGGAAGCUUAGAUAGAUAGAUAGAUAGAUACUUUAUUAAUCCCAAGGGGAAAUUCACAUAAUCCAGCAGCAGCAAACUG